GAAUAUUCUGGGUCAAAUGCAAGAAGGCUUUGUUGCCCUUUUCUAAUCGUUACGCACGCCUUUGGUGGGAAUACCGGUGUACAAACGUGGAGGGCUGGAUUUAAUCUACACUUUAGGCCCCGCAAGCUCCCCCCAGUCCUAAGCAAUGGCAGAUGAUUCUGAAAAGAUCCCAGACAGUCCUGGCAAAGAGCCGGCUGACCUGGAUACCACACAGCAGAGUGUAGACCAAGAAGAAGAAAAGCCCAAGGACCAGACUCCACCCCCAGCUGAACCCAGCCCUAAGAAAGAGAAAGCAAAAAAGGAAAAGGUCAAGAAAGAAAAGGAAAAGUCGCCCAAGAAAGCCCCUACCACACGAAGCUCCAAGAUGGUGGCCUGUAGGGUGCUGUUGCUAGAUGGAACGGAUCAGGAAAUUGAAGUAGAGAAACGAGCAAAGGGGCAAGUGUUGUUUGAUAAAGUAUGUGAAGCUGCAAACCUUAUAGAGAAAGAUUACUUUGGAAUAUCUUACAGAGAUGCCACAGACACACGGUACUGGUUGGCUUUGGAUAAGAAAAUAAGCAAACAGAUGCGUAGUGGGCCAUGGGUGUUUGCAUUUGAAGUGAAGUUCUACCCUCCUGACCCUUCCCAGCUAACAGAAGAUCUCACCAGGUAUCAUUUGUGCCUGCAAGUCAGAAAUGACAUCUUAAGUGGCAAACUGCCAUGCUCAUUUGUGACUCAUGCCUUGCUGGGUUCUUACACAGUUCAGUCGGAGCUUGGGGACUACGACCCUGAUGAACAGGGUGUCAAAUAUAUCCAGGACUUCCGUUUCGCACCCAAUCAGACCAAUGAGCUUCUGGAGAAGAUUGCAGACCUUCACAAAACACACAAGGGCCAGACUCCUGCUGAGGCCGAGAUGCAUUUCCUAGAAAAUAGCAAGAAGCUGGCAAUGUAUGGAGUAGAUCUGCAUCAAGCCAGGGACUCCGAGUUGGUGGACAUUACACUGGGAGUCUGCGCCAGUGGCUUGUUGGUCUACAGAGAAAAACUGAGGAUAAACCGUUUUGCUUGGCCAAAGAUUCUUAAACUGUCCUACAAAAGAUCCAACUUCUAUGUGAAAAUCAGGCCAGGAGAGUUUGAGCAAUUUGAAAACACCAUUGGAUUCAAGUGUGCUAAUCACCGCCUAGCCAAGCGCCUCUGGAAAACUUGUGUGGAACAUCAUACUUUCUUUAGACUAAAGGAGCCAGAGCCACCUAAUGCCCGAAUGCCGUUGACCUUCCCCGGCUUUGGGUCAAGGUUCAGAUAUUCUGGACGCACUCAACACCAAACACGCCAAGCAGCAGCUCUCAUCGAUCGCCCAGAGCCUCGAUUUGAGCGCGCUGCUAGCAAGCGGCUUACUACACGGAGUAUGGAUGAGUCGGAGCCAUAUAAUACAUCUGAAAACCCAGAUCAGUCAGCUAUUGGCUAUGGCCAUCCAGAUCGUGCCAACGCACGUACACCUUCCUUGGCAGAGGAUGAAGCUGGACAGGGAGGACGUCUGAGACCUGGGGAAGAGCUGGGGGCACCAGGUUACCACCCACCAGGAGGCCAGGCAUACACUGACCAUGUGGAACUGAAAACUACGGGCCCCAAAACCUCCACCCUUACACGCAAAGGGGAAGGGGGUGGAGGUGGUGCACCCAUUAGAGACUAUUACACUAGCACCCCCCUACGUGCUGCUGGUUUAAGCAGCGUGCCACCGCGAUCGCCUGGGUCUGGCACCGGCUCCCCAGGAACCCCUGGAUCAGACUCUUUAGAUGCCACUCCGCAGUAUGGCUAUGACAGUCGCUAUGGACCAGGCUAUGAAAACCAGGACACCUUGGAGAUGAGAAGAAAGGGUGGUCAUCCAGAUGGCUAUCAUUAUCCUGGUCAACAGCCAGACAGACAGAACCGAGACUUAAUCCAAGAGCUCAAGAGACGACAAGAGGGAGGACAAGGGGAAGGUGAUGACGAUGAUGACCGUUAUGACCCAUCAACAGAACACCUGGAGAAGAAAAGGAUUCUGAUCACCACUACUACCACUACUUCCCCAGCACAUGGCACCUCAGCCACUAAUUCUUCCUCCUCUGGAAGUAGUCGCUCUAGUUCUGAGAAUUCUAUCCAGCUUGACGUGGCCAGUAAUAAUCUGGUCGAGGGGGUAGAUGAUCUCCACGCGCAGCAAGACUCCAUCACCACCGAGAGUUAUGUGACCGCUGAAAUGUACACUGAGACCACCACGACCACGGCGGCUGGUGAAGGUGCUGGUAAGAUGGCUUUCUUCCAUGGUGCUGGUGGGCCAGGUGGUGAGAGCCAGGAGGAUCACCAUGGCUACAAGAAAACCACCACUACUGUGGUCAUGACAACUGGCGAUGACAGCAGCAUGCCACCAACAGUGCCAACUGAAAGAGUAAAAUAUGAUCCCAAUGCUGAGCAUACAACCACCAGUACCACUGAUGUUCCCCUUGUAAAGACACAAAGCCGUACAGUAACUUACAGCAGCUCAGGGGACGGGGGACGGGAUCUCCUCCCCGGGGAGCUGGUGUCCUCUCAGUCCCAUGCUUCACGAAGUCAGACAGUAGAGACAACCACGUACAAAACAGAGAGUGAUGGUGUUGUGGAGACCACAAUCCAGAGGAAGAUCACUAUCACCAGUGAGGGAGAGGAACUGGACCAUGAUAAGAUGCUGGCUGAGGCUAUCGCAAAUGUAACAUCUGAAUACCUUCCACAAGAUAGAACAGUACAGAAAAUAGAAAUAAAGACUGACACUGAGGAGGUGGGAGCAGAUUAAAGAUGUGGAGAUGUAAGUGUUCUGGUGUUGUGAAAGCUUUGCGCAGGAAUGUACCAUUUUUCGUCUGUCUUGGAAAGACACCAUAAACUCAACCAAACCUCUCAUUUUAAUCACUGGUGGUGUAGCAGAGAGAGAAUCUAUAUUUUGCUUAAGAUUUUUAUUUCACCAUUUUAACAUAUAUAUUAUUCAAAAGAGCUGAUCAAGGAAAAGAUGAAAGAAACCUUUUUUGAGAAAUGAGCAUAGGACUCUGGAGUUAUUUUUCAAUGCAAGGAUAUUCUUACUGCAUGGCUUUUAAAAAUUAUUAGAAACAAUUAACCAAAGCUAUGUAAGGACAAGGGAGUGCUUUUAGAGUUAGUAAGUUGGCAAGUACAAGACAGGCUGCUCAAUGUAGGAAAAUCAAUAGUAGAUACGCCAAAUUGCCAAGAACACUGUAUCUUUAGUGCCAGUGACUUUGUGGUAGCAAAGCAGUUGUGAGUGAACUUUUUAUUACUGAAAUGGUAUAAAAAAAAAAGACAAACUUCCUAAUCGAGUUGUACAGAUGUGCUAAUUUUGUUAUUUUAAACAUGUAGACUUGGCAUAACCUUUGAAAAGAGGCUUAUAAUCUACAGAAAGUUUUUUAUCUGAAUAUCUUUCUUGUUUUUGUUUAUAUUAGCUUGCUCCUGGUUGCAUUUUAAAUGUCAGAUUGAAAGGUCAUUGUUAUUAAAUGUAAUGUUUAUGUCGGGCUUCAUAUUUUCAUGUAAUAAAAGCAAGGUGGUGAAAUUUUUACUUUAUACAUAUAUACGACAAAUUGAAAGUUUACAAACCUCUGCUUUUUGUAGGACAUAGUGCAAGCAUCUUGAUAAAAUCAGUUAGGCACCAACAUUUAGUCCCAGAAUUUAGAUGUGGUACUUUUUCAACUUUGAGGCACUGGCCAUAUGGAAUGCUGUUCUCAUUUUCUGACUAACAUCAUGCAGUUGACUUGUGUAGUGCAUUUAACACCCUGACUUGCUUCCAUGACGAGUGCCUCAAAGCAGAAGAUUAGAUGUAGUCCUGGUGUACAUAAAUCUAUGUAGAUGUAAUGCUGUGCUCUCUACCUUCCAAAGGUGGAAUAGGAAAAACGUAGUUGCAGAUUAUGUGACAUUGCCUAAGUAGCUGGAAUGGCAUUUUUGUACUGGAAAUAAAAUUGAUGUCAUUACCAAA